AAGAUCGCCAAAGUGCAUCCAACAUCCGAGCAAAUCGAGCAUUCAACGCCACAACUCAUCAGCCAGUCCAGGUCCCUUUCUCAACCCAUCUUUCGUUCAGUCCGCCUUAUUAUAGCAAGACGAAUUGAAUUUCAUCGAGAGGCUAUUGCUAAUCAGUUUCUUCCUUACUGUUGGUGCCUUGAUCGACGUCUCGUUUUACGUAGUAAUUUCGGUUUCUUUCAGUUCUUCCAUUGAGAUCUGAACAUAACUUCUACUUGCAGAAAAUCCAAACUAAGCCUCCGAAAAGCAUGAAUCGCGCUGAAUGCGAUCCUGUCGAUGAAAUCCAAGACGAAGAGUUCAAGUGGCGUGGAGAUCCAGCAGAAACAUUCAGCGAUUGGACCAUUGAAAUUGUAGCCAAAAAGGUGGCACAAGGCUCGUCACCCUCGUCGAUUCUCGCUGCCGAUGAUCCACCAGACAAAGAUGACGAUGACUCGCUGUUGUUUCCAGUAGAGACGUAUCAUGUACAUAAAUGCAACCUGGCGUAUGGAAAACGAAAGUCGGAAUAUUUCGCCAACCUGUUUCGCAGUGGCAAGAAAUUUCAAGAAUCCAAGUCUUCCACGAGCCGCAUCGCACUCGAUCCGCUCGCGGCACAAGCAUUCCCACGUCUCUUGAACUUUGUCUACACCGAACGACCAUUGGAAGUCGACACCCACUCGGCCACGGCCUUGUAUUUUCUCGGAGAGUAUUUUGGAAUACGAACUCUCUGUCAACAUUCCAAACAAUUCUUUGAACAAGACAUUUCACUCGACAAUCUGGACACGUACUACGAACACUCCAUCGUCUUUCAAAAUGAAACCAUUCAGACCGUCUUGGCCAGGUUCAUGGGAAACAACAUUUUGGAAAUUCCACCCACGGCUCCCAUUGUUCUGGAUGCCAAUCCAUCCUUGUGGGCCAAUGUCGUGCGCAACUUUCAUCACUUGACAGACGAAGGUAGCAAACUGCACCUCAGCAAACUCGUGGCCGCAAAUGGAACCAGUCACCUGGACGAGUUGGACAUGCGGACAUUGAUGGAUCUGACGGAUGAACGAAAACUGCCACAAGUGCACCCGAGUGUGGCAUUGCAAUUGUGUGAACUGGAAGAUCGAUUGUGCCAAAACCAAAAAAUGCCGGCUACGAGUUCUUCCCAGUCGGAUCUGUCGUCCAUCCAACGACGUUGUUCCGUGGCCUUGUCGGAGACAUGGGGAGAAAUUGAAAUUGACAAUACAACCACAGCAGUCACGUCCUUGUUGCAAAAUCGAAAGUCCGUCUUUUUGGUCGAUUUACUGAUUCGAUGCCUGUGCAAGGCGAAAGACGACAUUCGAAAGGUCCGCAAUGAAAUGAACCGAAUACAUUCCUUCAUCAAAAAUCUAAAACCCCUCCCAGAGUCACGAUUGCAUGAAGUGCAAUACGAGUUUACGGUCGCGCUGCCCGACGAGUUUGUCGAACACAAUCCAGAAACACACUUUGCGUCAACCUACGUCCAACCGGCGCCCUACUCGUCCAAGAAAUAUCCACUCUUUUACUAUGUGGAAAUAUAGUCCACACAUUGUUGUAGAUGCGACUCGAUUCGAUUCAUUAUUAUUUCGAGGCAAAUGCACUUUGGAACAAUCAACUCCAGUCGGUUGCAUUGAAUCAUUCCACCCAGACGCGACUUCAGGCGCAUCCAGGGGGCUGCAAGGGCUGCGCCUGUCAAUUUACUUGCAUACACCAGAAGGCGCCGGUCAGUCCCCCGCAUUUUACAACUUGCAUGCUCAUGCGUCACCACUGGGGCAUGUCCCAACGAUACCAUGCGUUCCCGGCAGCGUCCCCACGUCAAUUCUGAAACUACUAAACAUUGAUGAGGACAAUAGUGAACCGCUCGCCAAGAGCUGUUGAUACACAUGUAGACCGAAUGCUGAAGAUAGCUGCUUUAUAGAAACAAUAGACUGGCCGCCACUGUAGCUAGCUAGGGCUACUAGACUACAGUUAGCUGAAGGGGUGGAUCCGUUUUGGGACUGUGUGGACCGUACUGGUACCGGUACUGACACCUGUUGUCGCCUUUUUGUCCGCAAGUGGAGGUUCUUCUCCUCCGCUCUCGGAGCUUCACAACCUCACUGGCUUGAACAGCUCUGCGCUGAGGAGCUUCUGAGGCCUCUAAAAAAGGCGGACCAAGAACCAGGCUUAUGUGUCGAGUCGCCUGUUUGUUCUGAGGUGUUAAACGGGAGAACUUUGUUACAUUUCCAGUGUAAUUCUCCGUUUGUUAUCCGUUCCACUCAAGGAAGCCACUUUAGAAAGGAUCUUAUUACUUAUGUGAACGAGAGGCUCUUACGAGCACUGAGAGUAUUUGAUUGGCCCUGCAUAAAUAGGUUUGGCGGUUUGGCACGUUCACAUUGCGGACAUCAUGUUCUUUCCAUUUCCAGUGGUACAAAUUGUCGCCAAUCAGUAGCGCGUAGCGGUGUUCCGCUACUGAAAAGCGGCAGCUGGCUAGCUGGCUUCCAGUACCGGUACCGUAGACUAGCUAGCGCUCUGGAGCUCUACAACUCCAACAGCUCUCCAACAUCCGUGCACUACAUGUACAGUUACUGGCUGGGUACGGUACUAGCCAGCUACAGCCAGAGUGCCAGUUGUUCUCAUCAGAGGCACUUGGUAAUACCGGUUCGUGUUGCUGUGUUGUUCACGUAGCUAGAGUACUACUGUUAAGUAACUCCGGUCUGAACGAGUAUCAUAUUCCUUAUAGUCCGAACCAAGAUCCGAGCGCAGAAAAUAUUACACUCCGAACGUUUUAAUAAGAUUAUCGUCUUCUAUGAGCUUUUUAUUCCACAGUAGGGUACU